CCGCCCUGUUGCUGCAUCACUCCGUCAGCAGAGACAACCAAAGCGACUGUAGAUUUCCGUCGGGCGUGGACGUCUGAUUGGGGAGUUCCGCUAUUUGUAAACAGGCAUUCCUAUCCCCAGAACUCUCCCUUUCGAUCCUUGCAUUGCUUAUCAUCGUGGUGUUCAGUUAUUUUGCUGAAUGGCUGUCAUCUCUAGUUGCAUUUCACUCUUUUGACGAGUCACUUGGACGUCUCAUUACGCCUCAAAAGACGGCACCCGCGCGAUCUCUCCUCGACUCUAUCCUUCACAACAUCCUUCCUUUGUUGAUUAGACUUCUGGACAAUCUCCUUGACUGGAUCGGCACUGGAUAUCUUGGUUUUCCCGCAUUCUAGAGCACCCAUCAAAGACUUGAGGACAGCAUACAUAUGAUUUAAUGGGACGGACGUUUGGGGAAUAGCCGAUUUUUUGGAUUUUCCUUCUGUCGCUGGGCCCCUCUAUUUGAGGACAUAGAGAAACCUGGCCAUUCUUUUCUGUCCGUCUUCCCCUUGCAUCUUGGCUUUCUCUGGCCCAUCUUCUACAAGAUUCAAAUGAUACGACUUGAUUAACGGCCGACUAUCCUCUAGGGGCCCUUCUCUAUGCACCGACUUGUUUGGUAGUUUCUGAUCCAUUUUAUCUUAGGAAACAAGUUCAUCUUAGCCUGCCACAUGGAGGCAACCCAAGAAUCCACCCAGCCAUAUUCGGACCCACGCCGCAUCGGCUUAAGCAACUCUGGACUCCAUGACCAGGAUCUGGCUGAUAUAAUCUGCAUCCUACACCCGAAUUCUCAUGCUGCUCAUGAUGCUGUUGCAGCUACCGCAUCCAAGUCUCAUCAGCACAUACUACAACGAGACGAGCUCGCACAUGGGGACUCCGGUACCAGUGUGCUAGAUAUUGCUCUUAGACUGUCAUCGGAAGUUUGUGAUCCUAGUGGCGGAUUCUAUUUUGGUCGCAAUCCGCAGAGAUCCGAUAUCCUCCUCUCCACUGAUGAUAGCGCCAAGCGUAUAUCGAAUACACAUUUCCGUAUUUAUCUGACCAGUGACGGGAUCCUCAUGCUUCAGGAUACUUCCACAAAUGGCACAAUUGUAGAUGACUGUCGCCUGCGGAAAGGGUCAAAUAGCAGUCGGAUGCUCACCAACGGUUCUGUCAUUCAGGUGGUCUGCGGAGGGAAGGCAGUGGAAGAGGUAAGGUUCAUAGUUCGAAUACCUACACGGGAAGGGUUCGCCCGGGAAUACACGCAGAACUUGAUCCGUUACUUUGAACGAAUCCAAAAAUAUGUGGCCGAAAAUCAGCGGUUCAAGAAGCCUCCAGUACCCCAACAAUCCGCUCUACAGUGGACGGUGGGGAAUGCUUAUGGAAUGCAUUGGACGGGAGGUGCCAUGUACAAUGUGACUGGGCAAAUUGGGAAGGGUGCUUUUGCGACUGUAUAUAAACUGGCUACCAAGCAGCAUGGGGUCGUCUAUGCAGCCAAGGAACUCGACAAACGACGGUUCAUGAAGAAUGGGGUCUUGGACCAGAAAGUCGAUAAUGAAAUGAAAAUCAUGAAAGAUCUCAAACAUCCCAAUAUCGUUCAGUACAUCGACCACCACGAGCACGAACGCUGGAUUUAUAUCAUCAUGGAAUAUGUUCCUGGUGGUGAACUAUCAACGUACCUACAGUCGCAUGGCAAAAUUCCCGAGGAUAUGGUUAAAACCAUGACUCGCCAGCUCCUGCACGCGUUGCAGUAUCUCCACAGACGCAGGAUAACACAUCGUGAUAUCAAGCCAGAUAAUAUCUUAAUUGCAUCUCUAGACCCGCUCAAGGUGAAACUUUCUGACUUCGGAUUAUCGAAAGUUGUCCAGGAAGAAACGUUUCUGAAAACUUUCUGUGGCACUCUCCUGUAUUGCGCCCCAGAGGUGUAUCCAGAAUAUCAAAACUACCGAGGCGGGGAAUUGAAGAAGAGGCGCCGAUUGGGCGACCCACCUCCUAAAACUUCCCCAUACGGCCAAUCCGUUGACAUGUGGUCGCUGGGCGCGGUCUUAUUCCAUAUUUUAUGUGGCGAACCUCCAUAUAUGGGACGCGGCGAUGACAAGGGCUCGCAGAUGCUGCGAAAUAUCAUGACAACGGAUCCUGAUUUCGGCCUCCUCCGUAAAGCGGGUGUGUCUGAAGAAGGUAUUGAUUUUGUAGGCCGCCUUCUUAACCGGAACCCCUCUUCUCGCCCGGAUGAACAGGCGUGUUUUACCCAUGAAUGGAUAGCCAAUGUGGCGGAUGUUGACGAAUAUGAACGUGAUGACCAUUUCCUAUUCCCAAUUGGUGAGACUGGCCUAUCAGAUAUCGGCGAGGAUUUGGAGGAUGAGUUGGAUGCGUCACAGUUGUCACUCUAUGACAAAGAUGGUCAAGGACUGGGACAAGUGAAUGAGCCGGAAGAUGACGCGCAAGUUAAAAGACGCCGGUUUGAUUAUCCCCCCUUGAUUCCGUACCCAUCUCUCCCAAAUCUGGAAAGCUUCAACCCGGUCGAAUCCAUCCCUGAGUCAAGUCGAGGACGUCUUUUUGGAGAGAUCACAGCUUCUGUACGACGCAGCUCUAAAGUCUUUCAAGCCAGUCUCGGCGAAUUCGGAGAAGACGGCUUCAGCGUGCAUGACUUCGUUUCGUCCUCCGGUGAGUCGAUAAACGAUAGAAACAGCGUGUAUUCUGUUGUCUCCCUUCCGCAAAUACCGUUUGGCGGUUCCGCACCAAGUUUGAUGGGGGCUGAGAAUCUCGUUGGGCAGCUGAACAUGAAUUCGUCCCCGAAAAUGGACGACCCAGUCCUCGAAGGACCAAUACGACUACUCAGCUCGGAACACAUGAAAGGGAUCGGAACUAGCGACGAUUCUGACGAUGAUCGUCUGCGAGUGAGCAUUAACGAAGACACCCCUAAGCCAGACCGUUUCCACCGUCGAACUUCGUUGACUGUUCCCGAGACGGCUAGCGAGUGUUCUAGCGAUGAUAACUUUGGCAUCGAGGCCCCCGAAUUGUCAGACAAUGAAUUAGCUGUCACCAUUGAUGCUGUAACCAGAAGGGAAAUUACUGGAGCGCCUGAGACAGAAACUGGUGAGAAGGAUUACAACGGCAAUGACAAUGGUUAUAACAUCUCUGCAGACAAUUUACCAAGUUCCCUUGCUGCACAGAUACCACCUACCCCUGAGUCAGUCACCGGUACGCCAUUCAACAAAGCUCGACCAUUGCUCGGCAAACUGACGACUAUUCCGGGAUCGAUUUUCGACUUGACUCUCGAGUUGGAAAACCGAAUGACGUCGUGGGGUCGUGGGCCGCAGGCAUCGAUCUGCUACCCUGACCGCAUGGAUACCAGGAUUCCCGCGUAUGCACUGGAAGUGACUUUCUGGGCGCCAGCUAUCGAGGCACGAAUUGCUGCUGGAGAAGACUGGAAAACGGUGCCAGACGUAAUGACGAUUCUGUCCACGAAAGCCAGACGAUGCAUAUGGGUCAAUGGUGUCGAACUCCACCGGGGCCCUCAGGAUGGUCAAGGAAAGCUGGGAUUUCAAUAUGGUAAACUGUACACGAACGAUAUCAUUACAGUGUACGAACACAAGGACAAGUUCUUGAAGUUUCAGUGCGAGUUCUACCAUGGCGACAGCGCACGUACACGUCCCGAGAACGAAAGGGGGUUCAUCGUGCGGAAAGUCCUGAUGUCCAAGGAAGACGUGAACGCCAAGCGGUUGCCUAUCCAAAGAGGCAGCUUUGAGAGUCAUAAAUGAGAUGAGCCUUGCUUGCUUGCAGUGAGGGUGGAUGGCGAAUGCGUUUUUUGUUCUAUCAUUGUUCAUAUUGCAUACUAUUAUCCUUUUGUUGGUUGGAUACAUUUUUCUUGUGGUGGAUUGUGAUUAUUCUUUCUAGAAGCAGAUGCCUGAUCUGUGAUAUAGGGUUCAUUGGAAAUAUCAAGGUACCAUGAUCUAGCUAAUUUGACAGAAGCACACCAAUUCCUGAUGCUUCGUCAGCAUGAGAAUUUGUUGUAUUGAACAGUGGAAGUAUCAAUGCUAGGAAAAGUCCCUGGUUAUAUGCCCCAGACAUGAAUUGAUAUUUAUAGUCACG